UGGCAAAGUCCCAAAACAAAAAACGGCACACACACACAGCAGCAGCGGUCGUUGCUUGCUGACUUGCGUUGCUUGUCAUCAUCGUUGACACCGCGAACACUCUCGCUCGAGACCUCAAGACCAACACACACAACCGCAUCUCACACACACACACACCGCAUCACCACGCACACAUCAACACACGCCAGACCAUCCCACCCACAGCCGCAUCAGUAGCACAUUAGACCGACAUGCAGUUCUUCAAGGAUGCGAGCCCGUUGAAUCGGCUGUUCUUCCCGUGCAAACCGCCAGGUUAUGGCGGGCAACCCCAGCACUCCCCGCCAUCAUCAUUGUCGGCAUCAACGUCUGCAACGAUGGAUCCUGUCUUGCGUGACAUUGUCUUCUUGGGACCAAAGGGAGACCCGUGCCUGAAGCGCGCCUACACCAGCCGCCGCGUGUUCCCCCACCAGCGUCACCAUCGUCAACAGCAGCAGCAACAACAACAACAACAGCAACCACAGCAACCACAGGAACAUCCGUGCAUCAUUUACUUUCACGGCAACUUCAUGGACCUGGGCGACAUGCCGUACACGGAGAUGCCGACAGUAUGCACCCGCUUGCGUGCCACACUUCUUGUUCCAGAAUAUCCGGGCUAUGGGCUGGCGCUGGGCUCUGCGUCCGAGGGCGGGUGCCUGCGCAUCGCUGAGCAAGUCAUCGACUAUGCCGUGCAGAACCUCGGGUUCCAGCACAACCAAAUUGUCCUUGUCGGGCGCAGCAUUGGCUCUGGCGUUGCACUGCAGGCAUGCGCCCACCUUUCCCGCCAUUACGGCCCUCCGCUGGCCGUCGUCCUGCAGAGCGCGUUCACGUCGCUGCGGGACGUGGCGCGCGACCUCACCUCCCUCGGCGCCGUGCUCUCCACCCGCUUUCCAAACAAGGAGGUGAUUGACUCGCUGCACAUCACCAAUCUGCUGCUCGUGCAUGGCGAGGACGACACGCUGAUUGGCCCAGGCCACAGCACAGCCCUGUUUGAGGCAGCCACCACCGUCGCCAACAAGCAGCUGAAGCUUGUCAAGGGCGCCACACACAACAGGUUUCCCGCCAGCACCACCAUGGACAUCAUCUCCUUCCUCGAGCAUUGCACACCGCCCCCAGCCAGGCCAACGGCAGCAGAGGCCUCGUCCGCGCCAUCAUUGCCGCUGUCCUCGGCAUCAUCGUCGUGGAUGGAGGCCCUGGGGCGGACGUUUGGGUCGUGCGUGCCCAUGGCUGCACGACACACCCCAUGCUCCCCCUCGGCCUACCGGAAGGUCCCUUCAACCGACGCGAUGAAAUCAACUACGCCCACAGUGGUGGCUUCAUCCUCGUCGUCGGGUCGGGGAAGAGGGGCAAAUCCUUCGUCAUCGUCGUCGCCAUCAACAGCAGCAACGGCAACACGGGCACAUGCACAGCCGCACAUGAGCACCAACGAAAGCGCACAGAGCGCGGACAAGAACGACGGCAAGCAACAACAGGCCACACACCCACAACGAGAUGAUCGGCGAGAUGCACAACAGCACAACCAAGGCGCCAGCACGAGCCGCCGUGACAAGAACAGCGGCACGGGCUGUGGCGUCAUGCCUCGAUCAGCUCCACAGCGCAACCGGCAACGCCCGGCCGUUGUUGUGCAAUCACUCGAUCGGGAAGAGGUGCAACGAAGGUUCAGCAGACAACUGCAGCGCGCUGAGGAGUUUGAACGCUCCCUCUCCCGCUGGGCCAGGCUGCUUGGCUUCUUCAUGCCCUCCGCCCCACAGUGACCACAGCUGUCUACCACACACACACACACACACACACACACACACACACACACACACACACACAUUGACGUGCACUUGAGGGGGACUGCUUGCUUGCUUCCCUGCUUGCUUACUUGCUGACUUCCUUGCUUUUUCAUAUGUAUUUGCGCGUGCUGGCUGAGUGCGUCUUUGGUUGUCGCUGGGGUUGGUAAUCAAAGCACGCACACACUGGUUCAUGACCCCCGCUUGCCCCCGUCACGCUGUACUGCUUGUUUCCUCUUUGAAACGCCCAUGUCAAUACACACACGACAACCACAA